UCGUUUUAAAAUGAUGUCAGGAAAUGAUCCGGGCAUUGAUAACCAAAAUACCUCUGGAUCUGUGGCGCCUGUACAAGAUCCCCCUGGACAAGUUUCUGUCAAAUUCAACGAUUCUCAACUACAAACAUUUCCACCUUCUGCAUCACAAGGAAAGAUCUCCAUUGGUUCUGGUCCAACUCAUGAUGCUGAUGUUAUGUUCUCAAAGCCAGGAUCUGGUGAACAACAACCACCGCCUGGUUGGCUUAAAGCAUUCACAGUCACGGCCUACCAGCCUUACUUUGAUGUCGACACAUCUGAUAUAUUAGAUAGGAUUAAAGAUUCUUUAUUUCCCUUAAAAGGGACAUUCAGUGAGAAGACUGCUAGCAACCCUGACUUGUAUGGACCUUUUUGGAUAUGCACGACAUUGAUCUUUGUAUCAGCUUCGAUCAGUGCAUCUGUGACUUAUCUUGCUAACAAGUUACAUCAUAAGAAUUGGGACUAUGAUAUACAUCUUUUGACAUGGUCUGCUAGCGUGCUGUAUGGCUACGCACUUUUUGUACCCAUCAUUUUGUAUAUAGUUUUGAAGUACUUGUCUGCACCGUUAGGCCUUGCUCAACUACUCUGUCUCUAUGGCUACUCACUAUUUAUCUUCAUCCCCGCAGUGUGCCUGUCUAUUAUACCUGUGGAAAUAAGCAGGUGGGUGAUUGCGGGUGUUGCUGGAUUCAUGUCAGCAAUGUUUGUGGCAUCGAAUCUACAAAGCCACAUAGUUUCAGCGGGUGAAAAGUGGGUUUGGAUUGUUGCUGCAAUUACCAUGUUGCAGUUAGCUCUGUCCAUUGUACUUAAAGUCUAUUUGUUUAGUGCGAUUAUGUAG